GCCCAGAGGCACUGAGCAGUCUAGAAAUAUGAAAUUAUAUACUCUAUAAUAAAAUAAAUUAGUUCAGCAGGACAUACAUUUGUGAAUACUUACAUUCAGUUCUAUUGCUAUAAUUUUUUCUUGUCUGUUUUGUUUUUAGUACUGUGGAUAUUACUCAGUGGUGCAGAAUUAUUCAAAGAAAGCAGAUGGACUUCCAGAGGAUUACCAACACAACUAAGCCUAAAGAUGGGCUGGCCCAUUCAGAACCUCACCAACAGAAAUCCAAACAUAUUUCUACUUUACAUGGAGAAUGUGAAGAGAAAGAAAAAAAAAUCUGCUUUUCAAAACUUCGAAACAAAUUUUUCAAACAUAUAUGGCUCAGAUUUGUUGCCAGCUUGGAAUGGUGAGGAAAGCACCAAACAUUUUCUUCAUGAAGUGGUGGAUAUUAUCUUCAGCUAUAUCAAAAAGGCCAUUGACAGAAAGAGCAAAGUGCUUGAUUUCCACCAUCCACAUCAGCUUCUGGAAGGGCUAGAAGGCUUCAAUUUGGAACUCUCUGAUCACCCUGAGCCUUUGGAGCAAAUUCUUGUAGAUUGUAGGGACACCUUGAAAUAUGGUGUUAAAACAGCACAUCCCCGUUAUUUCAACCAACUCUCCAGUGGCCUUGACAUUAUAGGACUUGUUGGAGAAUGGCUGACAGCUACUGCAAAUACAAACAUGUUUACGUACGAAAUAGCACCAGUAUUCAUCAUAAUGGAGGAGAUCCUGCUGAAGAAAAUGCAGGAAAUUAUCGGAUGGGAAGAAAGCGAAUCAGAUGGCAUAUUUUCCCCAGGGGGAAGCAUAUCAAACCUCUACAGUGUUUUAGUUGCUCGCUAUAAAUACUACCCUGAGAUUAAAACCAAAGGCAUGGCAGCCCUUCCAGAGAUCAUAAUGUUCAUUUCUGAACACAGUCACUAUUCUAUUAAAAAGGCAGCAGCAGUUGUUGGAAUUGGCAUGGAUAAUGUUAUUGCUAUCAAAUGUGAUGAAAGAGGGAAAAUGAUUCCAUCUGAACUGGAGAAAAAUAUUACCAAAGUCAAGAAACAGGGGAAAAUACCAUUGUACGUUAGUGCCACAGCUGGGACAACAGUCUGUGGAGCUUUUGAUCCUCUCAUCAACAUUGCUGACAUUUGUGAAAAAUACAAUCUUUGGAUGCAUGUGGAUGCAUCAUGGGGAGGUGGUUUACUAUUGUCAAGAAAGCAUUCCCAUAAGUUGAACGGCAUUGAAAGAGCCAACUCUGUCACCUGGAAUCCUCACAAAUUGAUGGGUGUUCCACUACAGUGCUCAGCUUUUUUAGUCCAUGAAAAGGGUCUUCUCCAAGCCUGCAACCAGCUCCGUGCUGACUAUCUCUUCCAACCAGACAAGGGUUAUGAUACAGUUUAUGACACCGGAGACAAGACAAUCCAGUGUGGUCGACAUGUUGAUGUCUUCAAACUAUGGCUAAUGUGGAGAGCUAAAGUAGGAGCACAUUCAUUACUGGAUGAACAAGGCACAGGAGGAUUUGAAAUUCUUAUCAAUAAAUUUUUGGAACUUGCAGAAUAUCUUUAUAAGGAACUCAAGAGAAGAAACAAUUAUGAGCUGGUUUUUGAUGCUAAGCCUGAAUUCAGCAAUGUAUGUUUCUGGUAUAUCCCACCAAGUGUUUAUCAAAUCCCAAAGGGGCCAGAAAGAGACAAAAGACUUCAUCAGGUUGCUCCAAAAAUAAAAGCAAAGAUGAUUGAAGAAGGCACUACUAUGGUUAGCUACCAACCUUUGGGGGACAAUGUGAACUUUUUCCGAAUGGUCUUCUCUAAUCCAGCAACCAAAAAAUCAGAUGUUGAUUUCCUCUUGGAAGAGAUUGAAAGGCUCGGGAAAGAUUUGUGAUAAUCUGGAAAAAAAAUGUAUUAUUAAUAUUGUGGAGAUUCUCUACAGCAGUGUUUCUCAGCCUUGACAACUUUAACAUGUGUGUACUUCAACUUCCAAAAUUCCCUAGUCAGUCCUCUGAUUAGCGAAUUCUGGAAGCUGAAGUCCACAUCUUAGAGUUGUCAUAGUUGAGGAACAUGGAUUGUUGUUGUUGAUGUUGUUAUUUUUUUUCCAUAAAAGUGCUGCGCUGUACUUUACUUUCUAUCUGGGGUGAAAGUAAAAAGUCUGAAACAUAUUGGGAAGAGAGUUAGAUCUGAUGACUUAUAUCAUUUUCCAAGAAGCUUAUACUUGCACAAAGUGGGUAAAGAAUCUUACAUGUCUUUUUACUCAAGGCAGUGAGCAUUGUUUUCUCAUAGGCUGCAGCCUAACAAAACCUCUUAGUUAGAAAGUUCAUGUGAUCAUACUGUGUUGUAUGAUCACUUAGGUAAUCUCCAAAGGAAAUCAUGUGUGAGAAUCACUGUGCACAAUAUAAGUAUUGGGCGUUUUAAAAACCCCACAGAGACACAUCUCAUGGCACCAUUCUCGGGAUUGAGAUAGAUCCAAGAUGGCAGUCCUUCUCACUGCACUCCACUAAUUAAUAACCAAUGAUUUUCAGAAAUACAAGUAGUCCCCAACUUACAACGAUUCAUUUAGUGACUGUUCAGAGUUACAACAACACUGAAAAAAGUGACUUAUGACAAUUUUUCAUACUUAUGACCGUUGCAGCAGCCCCAUGCAGUAGUUGCAGCAGUGAUCAAAAUUUGGAUGUAAAGACAAAGUGGAACCUAAAAAAGUUGGCCAGACUACAACUAAAAGUAACCCUGCAUAAUAAAGAUUAUUUGGAUCCCCUUCAGUCAGGGGCCAAGCCUAGACAUGGGGCAAAACCACAUUGGUCAUUCUUGUGAUGAUCUAUAGCAGGAUGUGGGUGAGGAUGGUAUUCUUAGUCCAAUAGUUUUAGAAAUGCAUGCACUAGGUAGACAUAGCCUAGUCAGAAAGUGUAUCCACUUCCUGUGGGACUAAGCAGGUAAGCAGGCAAAAGCCCUGAAGAUGGCUUUCUUGGUACAGCUUCAUCACUUUAGCGUAGCUUAUUUUAGAAAGUCAAGAUGCUGUUCCCAUUCAGUAAUUAGAAAGAUGGUGAUAAGAGUCUUCUUUCAUGGGGCAUUUGGAAUGGAAGAGCAAUGACAGAUAGGUAAUGAUUGCAUGGAUAUUAAUGGAUUGGUUUUACAUCAAAUUUUGCUUUCAGUAUUUUUAAAAGUGUAAGCCAUUAGAGUUUAGUCAGUAGGCAGCACUAAAUUAUUGUAAAUAAAUAAAUCAAAUCAAUAA